AUGGACGACCAAACCAAUCUGGUGAGGCAGCUCAUCAACCAAAUAAACUUGGUUCAAAACCUUGGCCUUGGACAGCCGGGCGAAGAGAGAAGGAUGGAUGAACGUGCCGAUCGGCAGCUUGAUGGGUACCAAGCAGGUCGAGCAAGAGUAAGUAGACAAGGAGAUGGACAACAACGUGAUCAGCUUGCUGGCAUGUCACAAGCACCAGCAAGCCACACCCAAAGCAUGGAGGUUAAACUGACAAUCGCCGCAAUGAGGAUCAUGAAGAGAGGCGCUCCGCUGCCCGCUCACAGAGAAAUAUUCACGAAAGAAAAUCCCUUGCAAGCGCAGUCCACCAACAAGCCUCCUAGGCAGCUUAGACGAGAGGGUCGACCCUCGCAGACCAACGAGGAGGUCAAUCAGCGUUGCUCGAAUCGUGAAGGUCGCCAACGUGAUCGACCAGCAAUGUGUGCGGAAGACGUUGAGAAGCUUGUGAAUGACCGACUUCGAGACUUGAAGACCGGUGGGAACCUCAAGGAUGCACUAUGUAAGGAGAUGGACCAGGCGAUCUCUACUCUUUUCACCCCUGAAAUUGAGCAAGCUGCUCCUCCAAAGCGAUUUUCAACACCUUCGUUUAUAUAUUUCAAAGGGGAUUCCGAUCCCGAGAGCCACCUAAAACACUUCAAAGCUCAGGACUGGUUCUACACCCUGCCAUCCUGGUCGAUCAGCAGCUUCAAGGAGCUUGCUUAUGUCUUCACUAAAGAAUACACUUCUUAUCGGACGAUCAAAAAGAACCCUGAUCAUCUGUUCAAUUUGCGCAAGAAGCUCGACGAAUCCAUUCGAGAUUACAUCAAGAGGUUCAAAACAGAAAAGGCUAACAUUGUAGGAUGUGACAACCAAAUCGCGUCAUCUACCUUGAAGAAAGGUCUUCCAGCUGAACACGACUUGCACCGCGAGUUGACUAUCACUCCCAGCCAAACUCUGGCAGAGGUCUACGUGACCGUGGAACGCUAUGCGCUCUGGGAUGACGAUCGAAUCGCCGAAAAGAAGUCUACAAAACAGGAAGAUCAGUCGACUAAACGGGCAGGCGAAAGAAGCGAUGGAUUUGACAACAAGAAUAAGGACAAGCGCAGGUCACACCUGCAAGAGGACGCUAAGGCAGGAGAGAACUACACCAAGUUCACCAUCCCUAUACAUCAAAUCCUAGCCCAUGUGAAAAACAAACCUUGGGUAAAAAGACCGCCACCUUUGAAAGGAGAUCCGGACAAGAGGGGUACUGGCAAAUAUCGUGCCUUUCAUGGGACGCAUGGACAAACUACGAAUAACUGCUUCGCUUGUAAAGCACACCUUGAAGAACUCGUCAGAGAAAGUCACUGCACGGAAUUCAUUGUGAAACAGGCCAUCCAGCGGAUUGAAGAUCGUGACACCGCCAAGGAGCCGCCCUAA